CGAAGGCAUCGACAAAAUUCACGUGCUUCCAAUUUCCACACCUCAUUUCGGACCUUCAAAAUUUCGUAACACCCGAACCUUUAGGUUAUGCCAAAUUCUCAGUGUCUUUCAACCACCAAACCUUCCACAUUCCACGAAUCCAACCGAUCUCUCACCCGAUAUUCUGAAUUUCCAACCUCGAAAAAACAUCCGUCAAUCGAAUCGCUCACCGAAGACCUCUGAUUCUAAUGCAGUGAAGAUGCCGUCGUUGCUGGAAGCGCUGGAGCUCAAGUACGGCGACACGGCGCCGGCCUCCGACUGCUGUCUCACCGACGACGAGCAGGAGACGUCAGCCAGUGCACAGCUGAGUGGCUCGCCGCGAAGCGCUGCCCUCUCGGUCAGCAUCUUCAUCCCCAAGAAGUCGCCGCGGCACACGGUGCCGGCCCUACUCGUUCUCCAGGACUGCGACAUCGAGUGCGCCGGGGCCGAUGACGAGAAGCUGCGCAGCAAGUGCCGCAACGUCGAGGAACUCGAUCUCGCCCAGAACAAGCUGUCCAAGUGGGACGAGGUCUUUGGAAUAUUGCGACACAUGCCCAAGAUCAAGUUCGUCAAUCUGAGCUUCAACAGUCUGCCGGAAGCGCUGGAGGUAAAAGAUGGCAAAUACGACGCCCUGCGCAACCUCGUGCUCAACGGAACGCGCGUCUCCUGGUCGACGGUCCAGGGCCUCAUCCGGCUGCUGCGUAACCUCGAGGAGCUUCACCUGUCCCUGAACGAAUACAAGAUGGUGGAGCUGGGUUUCGACAAGCCGGAGAACCGUAACCCGACCUUGAAGAAGCUCCACUUUACCGGCAACCCUAUCGAGUUCUGGUCCGAAAUUGCCAAGCUCGGCUACGCCUUUCCAUCGUUGGAGAGCUUGGUACUCGCCGAGUGUCCCAUCAGGUCGUUGGACAUGGAAGAGAGGGAGAGGGCCGAGAACACCGAGAACGAGGACACCGAGAACAUGAAUCACAUCGUCGAGAGGAACGGAGGCAUUCAUCUGGAGAACGGAUGCGGCGGUAAAGGCAACCGUAACUUCGAGGAGGACGACAUGAUGCCGAACUACUGCAGGACGGAGUCGGAGUGCAAAUCGAGCGGCGCCCGAUCGGCGCACGAUCCCUUCCGACUGCUCAGGUUUCUCAAUGUCAAUGGCACGUUAUUGGCCACGUGGGACGACAUCGAGAAAAUCGCCAGGUUCCCUGCACUCAAGUCGCUCAGGAUUCAAGGAUGCCCUUUGUUCGAGAGUCCUCGCGAGUACACGGAGCACGAGAGGCGGCAGCUGCUGAUAGCCCGUCUGCCGAACGUGGAGACCUUGAACGGCGGCGGCGUCAUCUCGUCGCAGGAGCGCGAGGACGCCGAGCGCGCCUUCAUUCGUUACUAUAUGGACAAGCCGGAAGCCGAUCGACCCGAGAGGUACGCCGAGUUGGUUGGAAUUCACGGAAAACUCGAUCCACUUGUGCACGUAGAUUUGACGCCGGAGAAGAGGGUGAAAGUUAAAUUUACCUAUGGCGACCUGGUCGAGGUGAGGUCAGUGGACGUGUAUCGAACAGUGUUCGAAUUGAAAACUAAACUAGAGUCUAUGGUGAAAAUUCCUGCGAAUCGUAUGAGGCUAUUCUACAUCGAUCAAGAGUUGCGAUCUCAGUACGGACCGGAAGAAAUGCUCUACCCGAACAAGCAGCUCUACCGAUACAACAUCCGCAACGGCGACGAGAUCAUAAUCGACAGCAAGCUUAACCGCUUCGUCUCGCAGCCAUCCUCGACGACUCAACAACAGCAGCAGCAAUCACAGCAGCAGCAGUCUUCCAUUCGUUCCUGAGGUCGGUCGUGUCAGCGCUAAGGACGGCGCGACCAGGACGAGAACGACGCAGUGGCAACUCUUUCCCGACGAUGAUUUUUUCCGUGGAAGUGUCGCGGAAUCAGUGCCCGACGGACGAUCAUGAAAACAAGUGAUUUUGAUAUUUACUUACGUUCUAAGUAUUAACCUCAUAUAUGGCGGCCGUCUUUAUCGAUUCUUCAGGGCUGAUUAAUCGCGCAAGUGUAUAGGCGAGUGCUUUUACACUAAUGCAUGCCGUCCGACGAGCGAGCGAUGCACGGACUUGAAAUUAUACGAUGUUGAAUUGUGUCCUGGUUUUACCGUCGGUAAAACAGGACUUUCCGUACGUUCGCAGGGAUUGUGAUAAAGAUAAUUUAUCGACCGAGCGACGGUUAUUUUGUAACUUUUGAUUUCCCUGUCCUGAUGUAUCAACUGUUUUAUCAGAGCCAUUUGAAAACGAAAUAAAAAUUGUGAAAUGAUUUUCUUUGAUGAUGAUUAGAAGAAGGAUCGACGGAUGCGACGAUGCGUGAAUGUGCAGGCACGUUUCGAGUGUGGAACGGGCAGUAGAAUUGUAAAAUUAUUGUAAUAACUGGCUACAGUGAACGAAAUCAAAAGCAGAGGGUCGGUAAAACUUUUUUCAUGUUGAAUUUCACAUUUCCCCGAACAAAUGAAACUCGCUGAAUUGUGCGUAAGAUAUACUGAUGUAUGAGAAUAUGGGAGGAAAGAGAAAUAUUUUUGUAGCUUAACGGGUGGAAACAUGAGUGAUUUUGGUAAGCAAUAAAAACACAGGUGAACGUUCGGUGCACUCGAUCAAACAGCAUCCAUCUCGAAUAUUUCCAUUCGAUGGAAUAUAAACGAUCCCAUACCUGUCUGGUCAGAUUUAGGACGCUAUUCGAUCGAUUUCGGUGAUUUUUUCUGCAAAGCCUUGGCUGUUUGUGCGCGGGUCAGAGCUAUGGUGUCAGUCGGUGAUUUUCGAUAUAUUCGAUAUAAGUUCAAGGUUCGUUCGGUACUUAAGUGAAUUUUCGCCUAUUUCGAACUCACAAUAAAGCGUCACACCUGACAAUUAUCUUCUGAAGGAAGUGUUCAAAAACAACGACAAUGAUAUGUAUACUUUAGCGAGAGUGAGUCUUGAAGCGGAAAAUUAGACACAAGUUUUGCUGUCAAUCAAUGCUUUGUCUCUCUUUGUUAAAAAAAUCAUUAACUUCGGACACGAAUCGUGAAAAAAAAUAAGACGAGUCAACAGUCUCUGGUAUACGAAACGUCGGGGCAGCGAAUUACGGGCAUUUCGAGAGGAAACUUAAGAAAGUCGAUACUCGCUUGUACUCUGGUUGAAAAAUGCGGAUUUCGAUAGACAGGGGAAAAUGACACUAUAAGUAUUGGACGGGGAGUAUUUUUUUCCUACCUUUUGGACCCGAUGAAGCAAAUGGCAAAAUAGCCUUGAAGAGUCAUUUUCUAGUGCCUGUAGUAGCUUUAAGUGGAUUUCGGAGCUCAACAUUUCAGCGUCAUCUCUAAUCUCGAAGAUCAAAUUUUCUUUCUUUCUGAAAUUCUAUCACUGUAGAGCAGGUCGUACUAUCGUAAAUUACAAGUAGAGCGUAUUCGUCAAAAGAUAGUUAGGGCUUCAGAUGAAAAACCUUCCGGAAUCCUCUUAAAUCUCAAGAUACGUAUAACUUCUUUUAUAACACUGCCCUAUGUAAAUAUAUGCGAAGUAAACAACGCGCAAUCGAAAUUCGUAUCUUUUUUUCUUGAACAAAAAAGGCGAACAAAAUAUGAAAUACACGAUCACACAAGCAUUGUACGCGUCUUUAGUCUCGGCGAACAAUACACGAGAGAAAGAGAAGAGCUUUUCCUCUGCUUCAUUCACGAUUUUUCCACAUUUUGU